AUGGUUCUUUCAGGCCAGCAUUUACAACAAGGUGCUUGGUGGCAAGCUCUUCCUUCAGCGCAGCCAGCUUCUCAAUCUGCACAGCUGCAGCCCCAGCCUUCCGUGGUUCCAGUGGCUGCCCGUAGCACUUCUCUGGCAGUUCCAGCUGGGGGACUCGUUCAGCAGCGUGCGCGGGUGCACCCGACACAGAAUGGGCAAGUAGAGGGUCAUACGAGCAGUUCCACGCUCACAGCAAGCGCAUCAUCUGGCUUAUGGAAGGUGUCGAACACAGGGCGAGCUGUACAGGAGCUACAGCAACAUGUCGGCGCCGUGUUGCAACGCUCCUCAGCUGGUUCUGGCUGGGGAGGCGAGACUGUGGAGGUUGUUGUGCCCGUGGAGAAUCUUACGAGUGCUCUGACGGAGCUCAGCAAAUUUAUCCAGAGCGUUAUGGCUUUCUGCGAAGCCGAAAGCAUGCAGAAGGGGAUGCAGGGGGGUUUCAGCCCGGCGCAUUUGCCAGCUUCGCAGUAUGGCUCCGCUGGAAGGUUCCCAGUGGAUGCGUUUAUUAAUCAGGCGAGAGAAUAUGCACAGCGCGUAACGGCACAAGUGCUUGCGCUCAGGGAUUUGCUAAAUGCUGUGUGGGCUCCGUCCGCGACAAGAGCAAGCGUUGCUCGCGCAGUACAGCAAUUCAGUGGAAGUGUGAUGGAUUGCAAAGAAGUGUAUCAGCUUGGAUCGCAGGUGUCUAGUGCGGCUAUUGGUGCAAUGCUUCCCUUUUUGUCCACGUGCUCGUUCUUCGCCAAAAACGGCGCCCAUGGUGCCCUCAGGCUGUGGUCGCUUGUUGGUGCGCGCAUCAACUCAUCCCUACGUUAUAUGUUCCAAGUACUGGAAAUUAUACGCAAGACAGCAGGAAGGCUUGUGGACCUGGUGUCAGGGAAAAUCCAGCCACAGUCCCUACUGGACUUCGCUCGUUCAAAGCCAUUCUUCAGGGCAGCUGCUUACUUGGAGACAUCAGAGGCACGCUCAGUAUCAGCAGUGGCUUAUUUUAAUGACUUGGCUGCAGCAUUCCACAAUCACACGGCGUCAUUGAGUUCUGGUGACGUUGCGCAUGCAAGUGAAGGUGUUACGCAGCACUUUGGUGCAGGAGAUGACGUGCAGCAAAGUGUAGAUGCAGAUGAAGUAAACGCAGAUUUUUCUCUCAUGGCAGAGGACUUGAGCCCAGAGCCCACGCAGCACCUCGAUGUGGGAAUAGCUGAGGGUCGACGAGACGACUUACAGACCGCAGCUGACGAAGAAUCAUUCCCCUGGAAUGUUCCGGAGAAGGCUGUAGGGCCCACCGCGCUUGAUGAAAUGCAGACGCUGGACUACAGCUAA